AGACGGCGCAAGCGCGCAAAACCUAAAUCGCAGCAUUGGCGCAGUCUUUCUUCCAGUCUUCAUUCACGGUGCUGCAUUACAUUCUAUAGCAAUAUCAAGAAAACCCUGCCGGCUGCUUCUUUAAUACAGAAAACUGCAGUAAUGGCAGCUCCAACAGAGUCAUACAAAUAUUUGGACCAGAGUGCCUUUAACUAUGAUUAUGAGACAUUAAGGACCACGGGUGUCAUCUUGGCUUCGGUUAUGUUUGUGGCUGGGAUUCUCAUUGCUCUGAAUCAAGUCCAGAUGAAGGCCUUCAGCCACAAAAGACAGAAAUUCCCCCUCAGACUGUGUAAAGAAGAUACAUAUGUGCGAUUUGUUGGCCCAUUUCACAGAGGAAAUGCUCAGACGAAGGUUACUUACAGGAAUGUGGAGGAAAGUAGAACAUACUUGACCUCUUUUUGUAACCUCAGCUUGAAUGGUGAUCUAUUGCUGUAUUUUUAGGUCUCUUUAACACUUGUGCUACAGUUUGUCCAUGUUUCUUUCUAUUAUUCAUUAUAACUGAAUGACAUGAAUUAUCGUAUCUUUAAAAUUUAAAAGCCCACUUUACCUGAAUACAAGGUUUUGGAGAAAUGUACCUUAUCUGGCUAUGAUUUAUUUGAAUAUGCAUGGAAAAUUGCUUUAUGGAAUUGGUUGAAAUGCAUAAGAAGUUGAACGUGGUCAUGUCUAUUUUAUCAGCAUGGAUAUACACUGGUAUGUAAAUAUGUUAGCUUAUGAUUUAACAGCAACUGAAUGUACUUACAGUAUUUAACAAAUAUUUGAGGAAGCAGCACAUGGUAAUAAUAUAUUAUAACAGUACUGUAUAAUCUAUCAAAAGAUAAACGGAAGCGUAAGGGAGGAAAUCAUUGUGAUAUUUUGAAUCACAUUAUUCCAUUGGCAUGUUUGACUGUUAUUGGAGGAAUGUUUAUUAAUGGUUAUUUAUCAUACUUUUACACUAAAAUGAUUUUUUUUGUUGCUUAUAUGAUGGAGUUUGUUAUGAGUUUGAUUAAAACCACAGUCAUAUUAAAACGCUGGA